CUCCUAUGUUAUUUUUUCAACGAGGUUGAUUAAGUGUGUGAACUUCAAAUGGAUUUAUCGUCUAACUGUAAGCUUUCGAGGUUAUUCGCCUGCAAUUUGACUUCCAUUAUAUGCAAAUGUCUAGCUUUGGUCACCAUUGCUCUGUUCUUCAGAGCUAUUUUGUACCAUUUAUCAUCUGGAGAUGUGCUUGAACGGGACGACCUCGACUUGAUUCCAGGCCGCUCUAUGUUGUCGCAAUCCGAUGAAGGGAUUCGUAGAAAUAAGUUUUUGGAAGUCCCUCAACUAGUUUGGGGACUAAAUAAUUAAAAGAUAGCAUUUGUAAGAGCUUGUUUAACUACUAGAAUGCUGAACCGAACUCUUUUGAUGCCAAGCUUAAGUGCUUCACUUUUCUGUAAGAAAAUCAACCGCUUGCAGCCGAUUUCGUUUGAUAAAGUCUUCAAAUUCGAAAGGUUUAAUACCCUUUGUGAAGGGUUUGUCCAGUUAGCUCGUUACUCGGAUCUUAAGAAUCGAACCGGAGUAUACGAUCUCCGAAAGGGAAGUGGAAGAAAAUGGACUGUUGAGAGAGACCUUGAGCAGUUGAAGCAAAGCAUCAUCAAUGGUCCUAUUGAUAUGCAUGAGGUGAUUAGAAUGGUUGGAAAGAAUCCAUUUCUUUGGCAUGGUCAUUGGCCUGUCAAGGACUAUGCAAGGGUCUUUGAGUGCUUAGUGUUGGUUGAUGAAAUAUCAAAAGAAGCAGAUAAAGUUGUUUCCAAGAUUAGGCAGAUAGGAAGGAAGCUUAGAAGCGAACCCGGCAUGGGUUCUUCGUUGCGACCGGCUCCUUAUGUAGCUGUCCAUAUAAGGGUCGAAAUCGAUUGGAUGAUUCAUUGUAAGAAGUUAGAACAAAGAUCAGGUGUUAGCCAAAUAUGUAGCAGCAAGCAAGAAAUUAUAGAAAGAGUGGGGAAAAUCAUCAAUCUUGAAGCUCCCAUUGUUGUUUAUCUUGCUGUUGCUGAUAACCUCCUUAAUGAUUCUUCAUUAUUGAGUGGUUGGAACAAAGGGUUGGUUCCUUGUGAAAAGAAGAACUUAGGGGUUGAUGGAAUUUACAAGAAACAUCCAUAUCUGAUUCAGUCUGCAAUUGAUAAUGAGGUAUGCUCGAAGGCUGAUAUAUUCGUAGGCAACAGUUUUUCGACUUUUUCAAGCCACAUAGUUUUUGAGAGAACACAAAAGAUGAUGAGAAUGGGGAGUACAAGCUCAUGCAAGAACGAGAACGAGGUCGAUGUUCAGUGGCCGUCUUAUGCAUACAAUAUAGCAGCAGGGGAAUCAAAUGGUCCUCAGAAAUGGAUGACUAAUAUGUCUGAUUCAAGUCUCAGAGUAAUUAGUUAUGACUCUAAUGCCAUUUCUUGUUUAGGUUGAACCCAAUUCAUCCUCCUGGUUGAAUGGCCUAAAGGAUAUCUGUAU